GUCUCCUUCACUUUGUCCUGUAACAGCUGUUGGUGUCAAAUCUGAAACAGGGCACGCUAAAGAUUUUCAUUUCAUAACAUAAUUUUAUUUCGAUCUCAACAACAGUAUACUCGGAAAAAACGUCAUAAAUGGACGUGACAGUUGUGGAAACAGCACAUACCUAUAGGCUACAUGAUGAGGGAAACCAUUCAAAAUGCUUUGAAACCAGCAGACUUUGACUUCUGAGAUAUUGGCACGAUGGCAGUUCCUCCAGCUUACUCCGAUCUGGGCAAAGCAGCCAAAGACAUUUUCAGCAAGGGUUACGGUUUUGGAAUUAUUAAAUUGGACCUCAAGACUAAAUCUCAGAAUGGAGUGGAGUUUAACACAUCUGGAUCCAGUAACACAGAUACAGGAAAAGCAGGUGGGAGUUUGGAGACCAAAUAUAAGAUGAAGGAUCUGGGAUUGAGUUUGAAUCAGAAGUGGAACACAGACAACAUGCUCAGUACAGAGGUGUCUGUAGAAGACCAGCUUGCGCAGGGGUUGAAAGUGGCAUUAGAUACUUCUUUUGUACCAAACACAGGCAAGAAGAGCGGUAAACUGAAGACCGGCUACAAGUGUGAUUUUGUCAACCUGAGCUGUGACAUUGAUUUCGAGGGUCCAGUCGCGCAUUCUUCAGCUGUUCUGGGCUAUGAAGGCUGGCUGUUGGGAUACCAGAUAGCCUUUGACACAGCCAAGUCCAAACUGGUGCAGAACAACUUUGCUCUGGGCUACAAGACUGGAGACUUUCAGCUUCACACCAACGUUAAUGAUGGAGCAGAGUUUGGAGGAUCUGUCUAUCAGAAAGUAACCGAUCAGUUGGAGACCGCCGUCACUCUGGCCUGGGCUGCCGGCAGCAACAACACACACUUCGGAGUCGCUGCCAAGUACCAGCUGGAUAAAGAUGCCUCUUUAUCUGCCAAAGUGAACAACGCCAGUUUGAUUGGAGUUGGUUACACUCAGAGUCUACGACCUGGAGUAAAACUCACACUCUCUGCCCUCAUCGAUGGAAAAAACUUCAACACCGGCGGACACAAGGUUGGACUGGGCUUUGAACUCGAAGCGUAGCUGCUGUAGUGCAUUAUAAGAUGAAGAAGGAAGACAUGAGGCUCCUCCUGAAAUUAUUAACCCCUCUACCUCUCCUGCAUCACACACACUUGCACUUGAUGACUUAAAUACGUAGCGGCAAGUACUGUUUUUUGCAAGUCUGUGGGAAACCGAAUGAUGCGAUCUCAAUCGACCGUAAGAUCUGGUCUUCUAAGGGACGUUUUUGUUGUUAACAUCAUUUAUUACGUUCAGAAAUGUAAUGAGGCCAGUUUUUGUGUAGAGCACCUGCAAAAAACUAAAAUACACGAGUAGCAAUAGAGCGCAAACAUUUAUUUUUUAUAAAUCAGCAUUUUUGUUUCGUUUUCCAAAAAAUAAUUAAACAUUCUUAAAACAAGAUAUAUUUAUUUCUGUAAGAUAAUAAGAAUAUGUCUUAAAUUGGAUGUAUUUUUCCUACCUCAUUAACAAAUAUUUCCUCUUGUUUGAAGCAUAACCCUUACUAAAUGUUGUUAAAUAUAUGCUUAAAACAAGAACAACAAUUUGCAAAUUGGGUGAGAUAAGAAGUCUUAUUAUUAGCGGACACGAUUUUGCUUCUCAAGUAAAUGUAUCUUGUUUUAAGGAUAUUUAUUAAUAGAUAUUUAAAGUAGAUAUUUACUAUGGCAAAAUUCUGAUUAUGAACUACUACUCUGUAUUAGAGUGACAUUGCACUUUUUUAGAUGUUAUCUAGUUACGAAAAAUUCACAGGAAACCAUAGAGACAGGAUGUGUAUUUUAAGCACUUGCAACACUUUCUUAGACUCUCAUUGAUGGUAAGAGAGAGACUUGACGCUGAGAAAAUGCUCUUCACCUGCAAACCACAUCAAACAUUUACUGUUGUUUAAAUGAGGAAGUAAAGUAACAUUUUUGGUUCAUGUGAGUCACUUUGUGGGCAUCGAAAUCUAUAUAUUGUACAUAACAAUUGCUUUUUCCAUGUUAUAAUUAUAGAAUCUCAUUCAUGACACAAGCAGAACGAAUUUCUUUUCAAACAUUUAAUUUAAUCCAAUUUGCUGCAUGUGUUUCUUAAAUGACAGCCAUUAUAUUAUUAUGACACUAAUUUUACUUUUAUCUUUUUACCU